AUUAUAGCAUAGAAAACUUGCUACAAAACAAAACCUAUCUCAAAGUAGAUGAUUAUCUAUUAUUUGCUCACAGGUAAAUUAAUCUUCAAAAAUCACAAUCGAUAAUCAAUAAACUACAAUUAAUCUACUUUAAGUUGAGGUCAACUUACUAAAAUUGAAUUUUUGUUAUCAAGAUAAGGGAAUUUAAGUAUUUGUAAAAAACUUUCUGUGGUGGUUAAAGGUGCAGAUUGAGUUUUACGAUGAAGGUGAUUUUAAUUUCGCUCCUGCUUGGUUUAAGCUUGGCAGACGAUCCAAUCAACAAUAAAAAAUUUCCUGAUGACUUUUUAUUCGGCGUGGCAAGUUCAGCGUACCAAGUUGAAGGAGGAUGGAAUGAAGAUGGCAAGGGAGAAAGCAUUUGGGAUCAUAGAGUUCACACUGAUCCCAACUUUAUUGAGGAUCAUUCAACUGGAGAUGUGGCAUGUGACUCAUAUCACAAAAUUAAGGAAGAUAUAGCAAUGUUAAAGGAACUAGGUGUAAACCACUAUAGAUUUUCUUUAUCUUGGACAAGGAUUUUACCUACAGGGGUUAUUUCUAUCACACUUGACACUUCUUCAUAUCUACCAGCAUCUAAUAAAACAGAAGAUAUAGACGCAGCUGACAGGAUGCAACACUUUUCACUAGGUGUAUAUGCCAAUCCUAUUUAUGUUGGAGACUAUCCAGAAAUUGUAAAGACCAGAGUAGCUGAACGUAGCAAGGCUGAAGGACGUGCAGAAUCUCGUCUGCCAACGUUCACACAAGAAGAAGUUGAAUAUAUUAAGGGGACCCAUGAUUUUUUCGGACUGAAUGUGUACACCGGCUACUUGGUAGCUGACCUUGGAUAUGACCCACCAGUACAAAACCCACCCAGUAAGUGGCAGGAUGAAGCAGUUAAUGCUUAUCAACCUCCUGAAUGGGAAAAUACUACUGUUUUUUACACUAAGGUAGUCCCAUGGACUGCAAGGUAUUUAGUCAACUGGAUUAAGGACAAAUAUAAUAAUCCAGGAAUUAUAAUAACAGAAAAUGGUUAUCCUUCUUAUGGCGAUAAAGAUGAUAGAAGAAUCUACUAUAUUAGAGGUUAUUUAAGUGCCUUGAGAGACGCCAUGGAAAAGGAUAAUGUCACCAUUUUCGGAUACACUGUGUGGAGUGUUAUGGAUAAUUUUGAGUGGACUUCGGGUUUCGGUCAGAAAUUUGGACUCUAUGAAGUAGAUUUUAGUUCUUUAAAUAGAUCAAGAACAGCAAGACCAUCUGCAAUGUUUUAUAAGAAUGUCAUAGCCACAAGAUGCUUGGUAGAAACAUGUACAGACGUUUAAGAAAUUCUAUAAUAAUAAAUAUUAUUUAUAAAUAAA